UGCAGAAAUGGUGCCAACUAAGGUCCCUGCCAACUAAGACUCAAAAAUUUUUGGUUCAAAAACGAAAAAACGGAAUAACAAAAGUUUCUCCCAUUUUUUGAGUCUGGUUUCAACCAGGAAAUGGAUCUGCCAGAAAAUACACUGACCUUUGAGAGUCUGAUCAGAGAUUAUAACUGAAAGGAAGCAAUGGUCUGAACACAGUUUAAUGCCUGCAGCUUAUUUUGAGGAGACGUACUCCCAGCUAAAUAAGAUCAGGCAAGGAGGUUUUGGGUCAGUUUAUGAUGGAUUCUGCAAUGAAGAUGGAGUACUAUGGCCUUUGAAUAUGCAAAACCAAAGCCAUCAGACGUCCAACAAGAUGGAAAACCACUAAAAAUUCCCAAAGAAAUCACUCUACGGCAGAGAGCCACAAGAGGACCUGAAAAGUCUGCUGUCAUAGGACUUUUGGAGUGCUAUCUCCUGGGUAGGGAGGCAGUCAUGGUGAUGAAAUGACCAACUCUGUGUACUGACCUGGUAUUCUAUUCUAAAGGAAGACAAAGUGAAGUUAUUUGUUUGCAACUCAAGACCUAAACUCACCACUGUGUGAAGUCUUCUUCAAUCAAAUCAGGAGAUUUUUCGCUUUCCAGGAUUGAGUGUACAUGUCAUUCCAACCUGAUCAUCUCUGCAGUUCAGAAAUGAAGCUGAAUGUGAUUGCUCUGGUGAGUCUGUCACUUCUUGUGAUUAAUAUCCAUUUGUCCCUGGCAAGGAAAGGGAGAGGUGGAGGGUUUGGUGGAAAACUUAAUCUCUUUAAGAAGACCCCAAAACUAACCAUUAAACAACCAAAACAACCCAAACAAAGCAGCAACAUCCCUCAGCGACCAGGGAGCUACCCGAAUCAAGGAAGCUACCCAAACCAAGGAAACUACCCUCAGCAACCAGCCAGACCAGGGGGCUACCCAAACCAAGGAAGCUACCCUCAGCAACCAGCCAGACCAGGGGGCUUCCCAAACCAAGGAAGCUACCCUCAGCAACCAGGCAGACCAGGAGGGUACCCAAACCAAGGAGGAUACCCAAAUCAAGGAUACCCAAGCUACCCUAACCAAGGAGGAUACCCUCAGCAGCCAGGAAGACCAUGGGGGUACCCCAACCAAGGAAGCUACCCUAAUCAGGGAGGUUAUCCCCAACAGCCUGGCUAUCCAGUUGGGGGGUAUCCAGCUGGAAGUUACCCAGCACAGGGCUAUCCUUACGGAGGAAGUUUUGGCAGUUACGGUGGUUAUCCAGGUGGAUACAUGAACUACAACCCAAACAACAGAAUCGCAAGUCCACACUAUGGUGGGAGCUUUGGAUAUGGGGGGCAUGGUGUUCGGGGUGGCUCUCCCUUUUCCCACUCAGUUCAGCAGAUGGGGUAUUAUCCCAAGGAUCAAUCCAAGGGGUUUGGGCGCAGUGCGAUGAUGGCAGCAGCUGGAGGUGCAAUGGCAGGAAUGGCCUUGGGCUAUGGUUUAGGAAGAUUCCCCCGACCUCACUUCCACUUUCACAGCCCCCAAGAGGAGUGCUAUUACAACUACUACAUGUACAGAAGGUAUGGUACCAAGUCUACAGAUACAAAUGACUAUGCCAGAGACUAUAAGUACAACAAACCUCCUACAACCUAUGAUAGCUUCAUGGACUCCUGCAUGAAGAGAACAGACUUGCUGCCUGCAGAGAAACCAAAAACCGAAUCAGCUCCCACUCCCACUACAACCACAACCGUAUCAGAUACUUCUAUUACUACAUUGAAUGCUACUGCUGCUGGCACCAACAGUAACGCAACUCAAAACAACACUUCUGCAGACAACUCCACCACCUCUGCACUUCCAACUCCCCAUCUAAAUAAGUCAGAGGCAACCUCUGUUCCUGUAGCUGCACAGGCUAUCAGAGACACAGCUACUUUUGAUGAUGAUGAUGAUGAUGAUACAGUCAGCAUUACUGAGAUUGGCUACCCUGCGCUGAUCAAUCAGCUGAAGGUCAGGAGAUGUGUGGAGCUGUACAUGGCUUACUCUGACAAGUACUUAAAGAAAACGACUGAGCCCAGUCCCACUGAUGGAGUGCAGGGACAGAAGAUAGGCUCUCAAGGGCUUUUAGCUGUGGUCAUCAGCACUGUUUUCAUGCUGCUAAAUAGUAACAUACUGUUUCUACUGCACUGACACCUUUAUUGGCAAUAAAAGGGAUGAAGAAUGCAAUAAAAGCAUAGAGUAAAACAAUGGGUAAUUAUUAUGUAAGGAGGAAUCGGUCAUUGGCACUGUACUAAUGUCAACAUGCUAAACAGCAGUAUGCCAAUGCCUUCAUUGGUAUUGAAAGUGAUGCUAAAAUAUACAUUGCAGGUACAGCAAACUAAAUACUAGUGAGCCUGGAACCGAAUAUGUUAAGAAGCCUAGCCUAAUGGAUAAUUCAACCGCUUUUCUCCCUCAUUAUGAGAAAUUUAUCCAUGAAACUGAAACAUGAGUUUACUGUUUAGUAAACACACCAUAUGAAGUGCUGUUUUCAACAAACAAGGUUCUUUCAUUCAAAACAAGAACCAAUCCACGCAUGGCAGUGGGCCUGGUCUCUGCUGGACCUGGAAAAUGCCUAAUUGUGCCACAACGUUACAUCAGGGGUUGGUGGAAAGUCAGUGAGUUGAGCUUGGGCAGUUUAACUCAUAACUGCUAGCAAAGGAUAACCAUAGUCCAUCACAAGUAAGCCAAACAAAACACGAAUGAGAAGGGCAGCUCCCAGUAGCAGAUUACACUGCCCUUAUGAAGCGGUCUUUAACAUUCAGUGUUUCCAUGGUAAUGACGAAUAAGUUGUGGCUGUCACACCUCAGCCACUUUAACAAUACACGUCCAAUUACAGUUAUGAACAUUAAGAAUUCCUCUGGUUUUAAUAACUUUUGGAAAUAUUUGAAGUAACGUAAGACCUCAACUAAAAAUAUAUGUAACAUAGGAAUUCUCUCUUUUUAAAUUCAUACAUUUCAGUGAAAAAAUUCUACAUGUUGGAACUUUAUUUUACUGAUCUUUUGGAGUUCAAUAUUGUGCCAUCAUCCCUUUUAUUUUCUGUUGUAAAAUAAUUUGUUAAGCAAGUAAAUUGACCAGAUCUAUUAUAGGAUAUAUACUGAAUAGGCCUUGAGUGUAGCCUUGCCUAAAAUUUCCAUUCAGUGCUAAUUAGCAUUAUAUUUGUAUUUUUUUUUUUUCCAUUUGUUGCAGAUAUUUCCUCCAAUAGGUUGGCACUGUUUUAAGUUUGUGGCAAAGCUGCUUUGUUUCAUUGUGUCUAACAUGUGGCAUACUAUUUUAUACUACUUUUUUCCUCCCUCUCUUAUUCUGUUCAGUAAAACUCAGUGUUUUCUUGCAAUGUUGAGUGAUGUUGGAUUUAAUCAUGCAAGUUUUUGUUGUUGUUAUUUUCAGAUAAAAAUGGUGCAUUCUCAUCUGGUUAUUGUAAAGAAAAUAAAAAAAGAAAAUACUCAACCAUUUUUGUUCAAUCUUAUUUUGUUCUCCUACUGUCUGGGUGUGUCCUUACAGCUCCAUGCUGCAGUGUUGCUGUCUGCAUGCUUAUACACUGAUACUGUAUCUAUUAUUGUGCUCGAGUACAUCAUUGCCACUAUU